ACUCCAGGAAGGAAAAAUAGAUGUGUAACUCUUUCUCUGCUCUCGCUGGAUUCUUUUAUUAUUUUAUUCAAACAUAGUCUUAUCGUUUGGCUGACAAAUCAUCGGAUGUGAGCAGCAAUGCAAAUAACUCAGCAAGGGAUUUAAUCAAAGCAGUUGUAAACACAGAACAUCUGCAGGGUCAGUUCCCUUUUUAUAUUUCAUCCACAGCAACAUCCCUGUUAAUUAUUGUAGUCCUUAUUUGACUUUAAGGGCAAUUAACCAUUAAAAUGCUAAAUCCCAAUGAGGCAAAAUAGAAGAUCAGCAAAGGACCUCAUUGUGCACAGGCAACCCUGUAUUGAUAAUGAGAGCAACUUGUGGAGAUGUACAUCAGAGAACAUAGACAUCUAGGCAAGUUCAUCCGCUUGGAUUAGAAGCAGGUGUGGAAUUCUUUCCAGGGACUAGUUAUAGUGGCAGAUUUAUUAGGUAGCUUCAAGAAAGGGUUGGAUACAGUUUAACAAAUUAGAUAAUACAGAGUCACAGAAAUUAAUACACUUUAUUCAAAAUUGAUACAGGGACUCAUUUUGGGGUCAGGAGGGACAUUGGAGUUGGCUUCAGAUGUCCCAUGGUCUUUCCUUCAGUGGGUUCAUUUGCAGAUUGCAGUCAAUGGCAAAAAGCCUUAAGAUUGUUUGGUAGAGAGCUGGUGAGUCCAUAGAAUUGGUCUUAGUGAAUUGCCCUGGAAAUACCAUGCUGAAGAAUUUGAUUGGACAAUGGUCCAUUGAUCAGGACUACUAAUCUGGACAUGGAAGGAUCUAUUUUAGAAGACGUGUAAGAUUCUUGGUUGAUCAGGGAUAAGAGCAUUUGUCCAACCACUAGACCCAGAUGUCAUUAGGAAACAUCGACAGUGUAAAACUAACAUUAUUUUACUGUUCAGUUACCUUUUUAGAUUUCAUAUGAAACAAUUAUUACAUGCAAAAUCUGCCCACACACUUUAAGAGCAGGAAGAUGCAUUAAUCUGAACAGGGUCAGAAAGAAAUAAGAAACUGAAGGAAUCAAGUAAAUAAACCAAGCACUAUUUGAGUCAGAGUCGUCUGAAUUACACUACUUUGACCAUAGCCUUAGACUAAGUCCAGGACAUGUUCUCACAGAAUUUAACUACCACCAGAAAGUUAACAAAAGUGUCCUUCAAGGGUUUUUUAUGAAGAUAGCUAUCUCAGGGGUGAUACUGUGGUUGCUCGGAAGUUUAAGGUGCCAGGAUCUACUGCUGACCUUAUGGACAUCAAGCAAAUGAGCAAUAGACUGAACAUUGUGAUUUCUAGAACUUGGUGACCUGCUGAUAAAACCCCAUUAUCUCCACAAGGCAUGUCCUGACUCACAUAACAUCAAGCUUGGUUGCUUAGCUCCCUUCUUAUUCCAACCUAAAUUACACAACAGUUUCCAGUGUGAAGAAAUGCAGUCAUGGUGAACUGAGCUGUUAUAUUUUAACAUAUUAAUCAAUGAGGAGAAUUUGUAUUUGAAGAACUCAUUAGGGAAUAAAAAGGGAAACAUAAAAGGUGACAUCUAACCGACUUGUCUAGUGGGGGUUUUCCUUCCUUUUAUUCCAAUUAUUUAUUAAUUACAUAAAUUGAUACAAGUUCCACAAAAGACGUCACAUUAUUUCUCAGUUAUUUAAUUCUGAUUAUGUGUAUUUUAUUCAAAUAAAAUAAUGGAUCCACUCAAUAACAUUUACUUUACACUGCCAUAAAGAUUGAAGAACAGGUUUCAAAAGCUUUGUUUCUGACUUUUUGUAAAAAAUGUUGAUGUCAGCAGGAAAUGAUGGGCAGAGACAGUGGAAGUCGUGUGAAGAGAUUGGUUGGUCAGGAACCUUCUUCUUUCUACGUCCAGUUUAUCCCCCAGGAUAUAAACGCAGUCACGGUACAAGUUGUCAAAUACUUUCUGGGUAACUUCUCCUUUCCCAGCACUGGGUCGGGAAUUGAGAUCACCAACAUUACAGUUGCCUCAGAAUGCACCAGGGGGCUUCUGGAUCUACGUUGCACGUGCCAGUCCGGCUUCAUGUUGAACAUCCCAAAGUGCACGGAAAACCUGCUGUGCGUCCCAAUUUGGGUUCUGAGCCCUUAUUGUCUGUGCGCUCAAUGGACAUCAACUGCCGCUUACUGUGAACUUCCACCAACAAGUAGGCAUCAAUGAAUAUGAAUGUGUGUCGAUACGUUGAUGACAUUCUAUUGUGCUCUCCUAUGAUUGAGCAGUGAUGGGGCAGUGAUAUGAAUGGCACAUGCUCUCAUUUUGUGAUUAGGUUACUAAGAGCUGACCCAGCAUAGACUUUAGGGUUUGGGUGAAGGCACUUUUUCCUAUGAUUAGAAAAGAUUAAAACAUAUCCUUACUAUUUCCAUUUCAGAUCCUGGAAUGAUCUCAUUACUGUCGAGCACAAUCAGUAUUGGCAGCGACGUCCAACUGCUCUUCUCUUCCACCAAAGAAGUCACCAACA